AUGAGUUCGCUUUCAAUUGUAAGUCCAGAACGUCGAAUUGAAUUGAAUCCUUUCGAUGUAGAUGCCUGGAAUCUUUUGCUACGAGAAUCACAGGCUAGACCAAUUGAUCAAGUGCGUUCGUUUUAUGAAAAAUUGGUUGCACAGUUUUCGAAUGCUGGCCGUUACUGGAAAGCAUAUAUAGAUCAUGAAGUCGUUUUGGAAAUUUCAGCGGAAAAUUUGUGGGUAAAUGUAUACUAUUAUUUCACUGAAUUAAAUUUAAAACAUGAGGAUGGUCUGUUACUCGCAACUGCUCAAUACAUGGCACUACUUUUGCCGUGGGAGAAAAUGGCACAAGCAUAUGAAUUUGCUCUGGAUAAAAUUGGUCUUGAUAUGCAUUCAUAUUCAAUUUAUUCCGAUUAUCUUUCCUUUCUCAAAUCUGCGCCCACAGUUGGUCAGUACGCAGAGAAUCAACGAAUUUCAGCAGUUCGUAAAGUCUAUCAACGGGGUGUCGUUACUCCAAUGGUUAAUAUUGAACAAUUGUGGGCUGAAUAUUGUGCUUAUGAAAAGAGCGUAAAUGCUACAUUAGCAGAGAAACUGAUAGCUGAACGAAAUAAGGAAUAUCAAGUUGCUAAGCGCAUCUCAAAAUCAUUGGAGCAAAUAACAAGGGGAUUAAACCGACAAGCUGUAAGUGUCCCACCGCGAGGAACUGCUGCGGAAAUGAAGCAGCUGGACAUGUGGCGAAAAUAUAUACAGUGGGAAAAAAGUAAUCCUUUAGGCACAGAAGAGUACGCAUAUUUUGCUAAAAGAGUCGAUACCGCCCCAGAUUUAUAUUGUUUAAUAAUGUGUUUAGUAAUAUAUGCUUACGAACAAGCUCUACUAUGCCUUGGCUACUAUCCCGAUAUGUGGUAUGAAGCCGCAUUGUUCCAGCAACAUGCCGCAGCUAUCCUGGCAGAAAAGGGUGAUGUAAAAUUAGCAGCUACAAUGAAUACUGAUAUUAUUCAAUUAUUCGAGCGUGCAGUUGGAGGUCUUUUAAAGGAAAGCCAGCUUCUGUUUUUUGCAUAUGCAGAUUAUGAGGAAGAACGAAUGAAAUUUGAUAAUGUGAGAAAGAUUUACGACCGACUUCUAGCAAUUGAAACAGCCGAUCCUACAUUGGCUUAUAUACAAUUGAUGAAAUUCGUGAGGCGAACCGAAGGUGUGCAGUAUGCACGUGCGAUUUUCAAACGUGCACGUCAGGAUUCACGUUGCAAGUUUCACAUUUUCGUAGCAUCUGCCCUUAUGGAAUAUUAUUGCAGCAAGGAUACGGAUAUUGCAAUAAGAGUUUUUGAUAUGGGACUAAAAAAAUAUGGCGAUGAACCGGAAUAUGCUCUCGCUUAUGUCGAUUUUCUAUCACAUUUAAAUGAAGAUAACAAUACACGUGUCGUUUUUGAACGAAUAUUGACUUCGGAAUCUAUGACACCUGAAAAGUCGAUUGAGAUCUGGGAUCGUUACUUGGAGUUUGAAUCACAUGUUGGUGAUUUGUCGAGUAUUUUGAAAGUUGAUCAAAGGCGACGUGAAGCGUUAAAAGAACAAUAUGGCGAAAUGCAAACGCUAUUGUUAAUUGAUCGAUAUAAAUUCUUAGACUUAGUGCCAUGCACUAAUGAUCAGUUACGAUUGAUGGGUUAUUCGAAAAAACUAGGGCAAGGUUCGUCAUUGAUUGGACGCGCAUCGGUUUCAGGAACGGUUUCUUUAUUGCCAAAUGGUGCUCAAACAAAUGGACAGAAUGUAAUGAGACAAACCGCAGCUGGAAGUGGACCAUCAGUGGUAAUGGGUGGUGGUGUAAGUCUGGAAAUUUCUGGUUAUCCAAGGCCGGAUACAGAUCAGAUGAUACCUUUUAAGCCAAAAUUGAACACUAAUACCAGUUACCAUCCUGUUCCUGGUGGUAUUUUCCCGCCACCGACUGCGGCUGCUCAGUUGAUGCAAAUGUUACCACCUCCAUGGUGUUUUAAUGGUCCUUUUGUUUCUGUAGAUUUACUUAUGGAAAGCUUGACAAAAUUCAACCAAACUGGACCGCCAUCAGUUGACCCUAAAGUGAAACUGGAGAAUGGUACCAUGUUCGGGAUACAUCGAAUUUUGGCAUCAAACGAAUACCAGCAACAGCAAACAGCUGUUGCACAAAGGAAGAGACGAGCAGUUGGUGGUGGUGAUUCUGAUAGUGAUGAAGAAGCGGCACCACGUGCAUCUGGGAUUGUUCGAGACAUUUAUCGAAGGAGAAUGAAUCAAAAAGUUCACGAUUAA